GUCCAAUAUGUUGGCAUAUCUCGUCCAAUAUUUACUACCAUUAACCUCAAGGCCUUUCAAUACCCACAUCAUAUAUCGCAAAUGGAUGUCUUUAAUAACUUUCUUUAUUUAAACCUUCAUUAUCAACUGAAAGAGUCACCAUUUACUCAUUAAUAUUCUGUUAUCUUUUCAUUUUUUUUUAGGAUGGUGAUACAUGGACCGGUGGCCUAUCCUGUGUGAAGUGCUAUUGUGAGCGAGGGGAUGUUUCUUGUGUAAAAGAAUGCAAUCUGGAAUGCUCCGAGGGUAUGGUAAUGCUGUAUAAUGAUAUAGUAGAGUCGUGUUGCGACUGCGUUCCGGUUAACGCAACAGAGCCAACAGAAAAGCCUUGUCAGUAUGACCGGCUUGCGGUUGCCGAAGAUUGCUCCACGUGUUACAAGCAAAACGAGGAAGACGACUUUUUCUACAAGAUAUGUGCUCAUAAACCAUCUGAUUGUGCAGAGAAUGAACGAUUAACAUAUCAGGAUGACCAUUGCUGUGAAUGCCUGCCUGCUAAUGAGACGAGCACUCAUGUUAUGACCACAAAAGAAUGUAAAGAUAAUUAUGUCCACGGAUCUCCCAAGUGCUGUUCAUACCUAGACGAAUGUAUAAUCAACGAAGCAGUCUCCGGCUCAACUUCCUGCAAUGCAUGUAAAGAUCCUAUGGUCUUUGAUGGCUCGUCUUGCAUCUUGGUAGGCGAAUGCCCAUGCAAAGAUCAAGACAACGUCCUUCGGGAUCCGUUUGACGAGUGGCAGGAUCCAUAUGAUCCGUGCAUAUUAAAUGUUUGCUAUGAAGGAAACACAGAAGCCACGAAUACAAGUAACACUUGUGAAGUUCUGAGUUGUCUUGAGUCACAACAAGAAACGCCGGAUGGAGAGUGUUGUGCCAUUUGUGGAGAAACAACUGACCGAGGUGACACGGAUACGACAACUGCACGCACAAGGCGUCCACCCGUGCCUACCACCGCGUCUACGACAACGGUCGCAACAUCACCCACGGAGACUACCUCCAUAUCUACAACGCCUGGGUGCUAUGAUGAGUUGAAGAGCUAUGUUCCCAACAACGUCACCACUUACACUACAAGCGUCACCUCAGAGAUAGCGGAUUUGACGGAAAUCCAAAUUACUUUUGCAUCAGACAUCGAGACGUUUCUCAGAGUUAGAAUGACAACAGACGGUCAGAGUUACACAGAUGUAACAACGAGGACGAGUCUUCCUACCGGAACAUUCAAUGACACUAUUACUGGCGAAGAAAUGACGGGAGCGCAAUUGGACUUAUUUACAAAUGAGGUUCUGAAAAUCGCCUUUAAUCCUGCUCUUGAAUCCGUCCGAGGUAUAGAGGUGAUUUUCGCGGAAACUGUAGAUGUCGCAUCCUUGACACUGCAUGGAUGCAACCCAGGUACCGUCUCAACAACUACCACAUCAGCCCCAGAGACUACCUCCGUGUCUACAACGCCUGGGUGCUAUGAUGAGUUGCAGAGCUAUGUUCCCAACAACGUCACCACUUACACUACAAGCGUCACCUCAGAGAUAGCGGAUUUGACGGGAAUCCAAAUUACUUUUGCAUCAGACAUCGAGACGUUUCUCAGAGUUAGAAUGACAACAGACGGUCAGAGUUACACAGAUGUAACAACGAGGACGAGUCUUCCUACCGGAACAUUCAAUGACACUAUUACUGGCGAAGAAAUGACGGGAGCGCAAUUGGACUUAUUUACAAAUGAGGUUCUGAAAAUCGCCUUUAAUCCUGCUCUUGAAUCCGUCCGAGGUAUAGAGGUGAUUUUCGCGGAAACUGUAGAUGUCGCAUCCUUGACACUGCAUGGAUGCAACCCAGGUACCGUCUCAACAACUACCACAUCAGCCCCAGAGACUACCUCCGUGUCUACAACGCCUGGGUGCUAUGAUGAGUUGCAGAGCUAUGUUCCCAACAACGUCACCACUUACACUACAAGCGUCACCUCAGAGAUAGCGGAUUUGACGGGAAUCCAAAUUACUUUUGCAUCAGACAUCGAGACGUUUCUCAGAGUUAGAAUGACAACAGACGGUCAGAGUUACACAGAUGUUACAACGAGGACGAGUCUUCCUAUCGGAACAUUCAUUGACACCAAUACUGGCGAAGAAAUGACGGGAGCGCAAUUGGACUUAUUUACAAAUGAGGUUCUGAAAAUCGCCUUUAAUCCUGCUCUUGAAUCCGUCCGAGGUAUAGAGGUGAUUUUCGCGGAAACUGUAGAUGUCGCAUCCUUGACACUGCAUGGAUGCAACCCAGGUACCGUCUCAACAACUACCACAUCAGCCCCAGAGACUACCUCCGUGUCUACAACGCCUGGGUGCUAUGAUGAGUUGCAGAGCUAUGUUCCCAACAACGUCACCACUUACACUACAAGCGUCACCUCAGAGAUAGCGGAUUUGACGGGAAUCCAAAUUACUUUUGCAUCAGACAUCGAGACGUUUCUCAGAGUUAGAAUGACAACAGACGGUCAGAGUUACACAGAUGUUACAACGAGGACGAGUCUUCCUACCGGAACAUUCAUUGACACCAAUACUGGAGAAGAAAUGACGGGAGCGCAAUUGGACUUAUUUACAAAUGAGGUUCUGAAAAUCGCCUUUAAUCCUGCUCUUGAAUCCGUCCGAGGUAUAGAGGUGAUUUUCGCGGAAACUGUAGAUGUCGCGUCCUUGACACUGCAUGGAUGCAACCCAGGUAAUUACAAAUGA